CUCCAACAGAUAUCUAAAAACUUUUGACAACUUCACACACUGCUUUCUAAGUUUUGAGUUUGUGCAAUAAUCUACUUGAAGGAACUGCUACUUGUAGGAAACGUCUGUCCACUAACUAACCACAGGUUGUUGUUUCAGAGUGUUCCGUUAUUUCCUUCAUAUACUUUGAGUUCCAACCAGUCUUUAGGUAGAGAUUUAUUUGAUCUCUCUGUGAAACUGCAAAUGUGCAGACCGCUGACGAGCAGGUGGUAUGGCUUCAACCAAUCAAGAGCAAAAUAAUUCGGUCUCUGAGUGGUUCUUACUCUAGCACACUUUCUGUACCAACUGAGAACUUUAAAGUAACGUUACAUGUCUCUUAGGAUUUUAGCCAAAUGAAAUAUUAUUUCAGAGAGUUGUGUGAGCAUCAUAUUUUAGCUUUAUUAGUUGUGGAUCAUGUAAUUUAGAGUGAUAGAUGGAUAAAAAAUAAUUACACUGUUGGGGGAAAAUGGUUUCUUGUAGAAAGGAAAGAGUUGUGGUUUUGGCACUUGUGACCUGCUUAGUUCUGCAGUGGGUGUUUUCCUCCAUCGGACAGGAAGACAUGACAGGGAAUGUGAGUGUUUGUGUGAGUGUGCAUGCGUACUUGCAUUCAUGAUCAGCUAGUCUGUCUGAAAGACAUACAGACAUACCGGUACACAGAGUCUUUGGCUAGAGGGUGUAGGUCUGCCUGUUCACAAUGCUGUUGCUACAGGCUUUCUCUCUCCUAACCACCCUCACCCUCUGUACCUCAUUUACUGGUGCUAAGGAGAUCGUUAGAGCAUUCAAAGGCAGUCCUUCCCACCUUCCUUGUCCCUCACCCUUUGGAUUUGAUGGAAAAGUUGUUUUUAAAUGGACGAAACAGGGAAGUCCUGGCAUUAUUUGUGAAUACAAUGUGAAUAGAGAAAUCAGUUCAGUAGUAUCCUGUAAAUCUCAAUUCAAGGUAACUGGACAACCUCCUAAGCUGUAUGUUACAGAGCCAAAGAGCACUGACUCUGGUCAAUAUACCUGCUUAAUAUCAAGAGUCAUACCACCACCAACCAUUGAGAAAUCCUCCGUAGUCGAUCUUCAAGUUACAGGUCUAGUCCUAGAGAGGCAGAACAGCAGUGAUCCUGGCUGCAUCCAGCUUCUCUGUACUUUGGAGGACCUUGACCUCCAGGAUGUCAACUUCACUUGGACCCGACAAGGUCAGGCUUCACCGGAGACACUGUUGACCAAUCACAGCCUCUCUAAACAGAGCAGCGUUCUGACCCUGUGCCAAUCAGUGUGGAGAGAGGGCGACACGAUCACCUGCAAUGUCAGACUCUUAGCCAAUAACACUGACCUGAGCAUCAGACUUCCCUUCAGUGAACUAGAGACCUACCAUGAGAACAACCUUCUGACUAUUUUCUGUGUCAGCACAUCCAUCGGGGUUGUGGCCAUCGCAGCUGUCACCAUAAGUAUUUACAAAUGUCGGCAGAGGACCAAUGAUAAAGGCGAUUCUGUCUCAUAUAACAACAAGGUGUACGAGAACUUCAGUUUCAGCACACAAACCCAACAGAGACAGACGACCACUGCAUCCAUCCAGGAACAAUGCAUUUAUGAGAACUAGACAAUCUUAAUCUCACUCUGACAUCUUUGUUCCUCUUUUCAUGACUACUGGUAAAUGAAUGUAAUGUCCUCAACACCUGCUUGGGACUUAUUUUGUUUGAGAUUUGCAUGUUCUGAAUUUUCUAACUUGGAGAUGAAUAAAGUCAAACCUAAUAUAUCAA